AUGGCAGCCACGAGUCUAGAAGUAGCUUUGAGCUGCCUGGACGAGAGCUCAGAGGUUGAUGUGUCGUACCAGGGCAUCGAUGAUGAGGGUCUUGCGCGACUCGCCAACGCCUUGAAGAGCAACCACACCAUCGUCGACGUAUACCUUGAUGACAACAAAAUCACGGACGUUGGCGUGCACCGCGUGGCGGAUUUGCUUGAGUCUUCCAGAACAUUGAGGCAAGUCUCUUUCUACCACAACUUGGUGACCGAUCUCGGGGUCCGAACCUUGGCGAAGGCGCUGGUGGUCAGCACGCUGAACCUGCUGGACCUGCGAGAAAACCGGGUCUCCGACGCGGGUGCCACAGCUCUGGCAGAGGCGCUGGAGGCUGGCAGCCAGCUUCGCUUCUUGCUGCUGAAGGACAACGAGAUCACGGAUGACGGCGCUCAAAGACUAGCUGCCGCUGUGAGGAAGUGCGGCCAGGAGGGACCCCUCAAGCAGCUGGACCUGGAGAGCAACCGCAUCACUGCCAAGGGAAGCGUUUAUCUCAAGGAGGUAAAGGAGGCCCUCAAGAAAGAGAUUCAGUUCGGCUACCAAAAGAGUCUGGAGUCUCAGGAAUGUUGA